GUAAUUGACAAUCUUGAGAAAAUGAUCAAUUCAUUUCUUCUUGUGUGUUUUGUGAUAAGUGGUGUUAGCAUACCAGUUCAUAGUUUUCAAGAUACACUCAAAGAAGAUUUUCAAGAUACACUCAAAGAAGAUUUGGAACUUGAAAGACAACUAAAGCUAAUCAAUAAGCCUCCUAUCAAAACUAUUCAUAGAAAACCUAGUUUUCAAAAAUCAAGUACGAAGAAUUUAGGAAAAAAACCUAAUUUUAAACUUGAAAGAGUCAAAUGUCCUACAGGGUUUAUUCCUGUUCGGAGAACAACAAAAGAAGAUCUUAUUCGAGAAAAAAAAUUAUUAAAUAAGAGUAUUCUUGUUCAAGGCGCUCCUAGUGUUCAUCUUGCAGAAUUAGCUCUUUCAUCGAAAUUUAGUCCAUACUAUGGUGUUGAAGGAAGAAAUAGCGUUUAUAAUCCACGAGUCACUAAAGGUCAAAUGUCUCUUUCUCAUGUGUGGGUUCAAAAUGGACCCAACAAUAAAAUCAGUCUUGGAUGGCAAGUAAGUCAAGAUUUGUACGGUGACAAUAAAACUCAUUUAUACGCAUCAUGGACGAGAGACAACUUUCACAAGACAGGAUGUUACAAUGUUCGAUGUCCAGGUAUCGUUCACACUAAUUCCGAAAUUUAUCUUGGUCAACAUGUCGGAGCUACAUCUUCUUAUGGUGGACCAAUUUUUGAUUUUGACAAUUAUAUUAGCAUGCACGCAGUAACCAAAGACUGGUGGAUUCAAGCAAAUGGUGAAGAUAUCGGAUAUUAUCCUGCAAAGUUAUUUUCUAACUUGACUUCGGCAGAUAAAGUAGGGUGGGGUGGAAGAACAUUGACUCCUCACGGUUCUCACAGCCCUCCAAUGGGAGCUGGACAUUUUCCAGAUAAUGACCUUUAUCAUUCAAGUUACUUCAGAACUAUUUCCUUUGAAAAUGCAAUUAGAAUAAAGAAUGGACCGGAAAUAUAUCAAACAGAAAAGUACGUCGACAAACCUAAUUGUUUUGGCCUUAAGUACUACGGCAAUCUUCAUGGCAUUGCUGGAUAUAUGGUCCAAUUUGGAGGACCUGGUGGCAUGUGUGAUGAUUGAUUAGUCUAUUUUAGUUAUUUAUGAACUUCAAAAAUAAAUAUAGUUACUAUCAUUAUUAUUAAUAAUUUCCUUUUCUACCA